UGCGCGGUGAAGCGGAGCCGCCAGAGGAGGAGACGAGGCGGUGGAGCUGUGCGUCUUUACGCGUAAAAGCAGAACCAGAGCUCCGAACCAGGAGCUGCUGCUGGAGUCUGAGGAGGAAACGCUGCUGUUUGUGUGGAAUAAAUCUGCGGGAAUAUUCAGAUUGACGAGACCCGUCUGACCAUGAACUACGUGGGCCAGCUGGCCGGUCAGGUGUUCGUCCAGGUGAAGGAACUUUAUCGAGGUCUGAACCCGGCGACGCUCUCCGGCUGCAUCGACGUCAUCGUGGUGCGGCAGCCCGACGGCUCGCUGCAGUGCUCUCCGUUCCACGUUCGCUUCGGGAAGAUGGGCGUCCUGAGGUCCAGGGAGAAAGUGGUGGACAUGGAAAUCAACGGGGAGCCGGUGGAUCUGCACAUGAAGCUGGGCGACAACGGAGAAGCUUUCUUUGUCCAGGAGACAGAAAACGAUGAGGAAGUGGUUCCCUCCUACCUGGCCACGUCUCCCAUCCUGUCUGACGACGUCUCCCUGAUGAGGAGCUCCGGUCCUCCCGUCCAAACUCUGGGUUCUCUGAGCGGAGAGACGAAGAAGAGGAGGAAGAGGAGGAGGAAGAACAGAGCCGACAGCGUGAGGAGGGAGGAGAGCGGAGAUUAUUCAGCCGACGACGACGACGUGUUCAGCAUCGAGAUGAGCUCCGACGACGAGGACAGGUCUCUGAGAGACGAGACAACGGCUUCGACCGGCGGUUCGUACAAACAGACGAGUCUCUACACUCGAUCAGACGGAGAAUGGAGUCCAGUUCAGAGUCCUGGAAACUCUCGUCCAACGUCUCCAAAGAGCGACUCUGAACUCGUCACCAAGUCAGACGGUCAGAACCCGGCGAUGCUCUGGUCCUGGGGGGAGCUUCCUCAUGCUGCCACGCCCUCCUUCCUUCGUCCCGUCUCCAUCCCCGUCUCAGAAAACACUCACUUCAGGGUGAUCAGAAACGAGAUGCUGGAGGAGGCGGUUGCCAUGGAGACGGAGACCCUGAAGAUGGAGAUGGAGACUUCUGGAGGAGCUGGAAUGAUGGUGGACAUGGAGGAGACGACGCUCCGUCCACCCGGGAAGACAGAGUCUCCGUCCAAGAGGACAGACAAAAGGAGCCGCCAUCUUGGCUCUGAUGGCGUUUACCUGGAUGACAUCACAGAUCUGGAACCUGAAGUGGCGGCGCUUUAUUUCCCAAAGAGUGACAGCGGCGCCACCUUCAGGUCGGUCUCUGAUCCGGGUCCCCACAGCAGCAGUUUGUCUCCUCAGUCCACGAGUUCUGGAGGCGACAGUGGAGUGGAUUCUUUCUGUGAUCAGAUGUCCGACCUGCCGUCCAUCAGCAUCUCUCUGUGUGGAGGACUGACGGACAGCAGGGAGAUCACUAAAGAACAGUUUCAGGAGAAGAUCAUUUCCUACCAGCAGUUCACAGAGAAUCCCUCCAUCAUCGACGACCCAAACUUAGUCGUGAAAAUCGGUUCAAAGUACUAUAACUGGAGCACGGCGGCUCCUCUGGUCCUGGCCCUGCAGGUCUUCCAGAAACCUCUGCCAAAGGCCGCCGUGGAGAACAUCAUGAAGGAGAAGAUGCCAAAGAAAGGAGGUCGCUGGUGGUUCAGCUGGAGAGGAAGGAGCAACAGCAGCAGCAGCAAAACCGAUUCGGUGUCGGAUCGUGACGUCGCAGUUUCUGCUGAGCAGGUUGGAAAAAUGACAAACAGACAUAAAGAAGAAUCUUCCUCCAGCGAUGAAGACCACCGAGCUGCCAAACAGAGCUCCGUCCAAUCAGAGGCCGGGAUCGCAUCAGGGGGCGUGUCCUAUAAGAAGACUCUCAGACUGACCUCAGAUCAGCUGGUGUCUCUGCAGCUCCAGGACGGUCCUAACGACGUCGUGUUCAGCGUCACCACUCAGUAUCAGGGAACCUGCCGCUGUCAGGGAACCAUCUACCUGUGGAACUGGGACGACAAGAUCAUCAUCUCUGACAUCGACGGCACCAUCACCAGGUCGGACACGCUGGGCCACAUCCUGCCCACUCUGGGCAAAGACUGGACCCAUCAGGGCAUCGCUCAGCUCUACCACAAAGUCAGCCAAAACGGCUACAAGUUCCUGUACUGCUCGGCCAGAGCCAUCGGCAUGGCAGACAUGACCCGAGGUUACCUCCACUGGGUCAACGAGAGAGGAACCAUGCUGCCGGUCGGCCCGGUUCUGCUCAGUCCCAGCAGCCUCUUCUCAGCCCUGCACAGGGAGGUGAUCGAGAAGAAACCGGAGAAGUUUAAGGUGGAAUGUUUGACCGACAUCAAGAACCUGUUUUAUCCAAACACACAACCGUUCUACGCAGCGUUCGGCAACAGACCCACGGACGUUUAUUCCUAUAAGGAGGUCGGCGUUCCUCUGAACAGGAUCUUCACGGUGAAUCCUAAAGGAGAGCUGGUCCAGGAACACGCCAAGACCAACAUCUCAUCGUACGUCCGUCUCGGUGAGGUGGUCGAUCACGUGUUUCCUCUGAAGGUUCGAUCUUCUUCUUCAGACUUUCCGUGUUCGGACACCUUCAGUCACUUCACCUACUGGAGGGAGCAGCUCCCCCUGGUGGAGCAGCAGCAGCAGUGCAGCCCAGCAGUCGACCAGUGAAGGAACCGGAGAACGAACGAAUACAUGAAAGAAGGAACGAACGAACGAAUGAAUGAAUGAACGAGUAGACGAGUGAAUGACUGAAGGACACGUUACUGUAGGAUUUUCCAGAAGCUGCUUCCCUCAGAGUCGACGGAGCGGCUGUGAAACGUCUUAACGCACUUUUAUUUUUUUUUAAACGGCCUCUGAGGUCGUCAGAUUUAUCUGUAUAUUAGAAAUAAUUUAAUAUAUAAAAUAUAUGAAUAAUUUUCUGAGCUUUAAGCUCAGAUUUUAUCCUGGAGAGAACGUUCCCACAACAUUCUGUCCGCGUUCUGUAUCUAAACAAACUUAUUUUCUUACGUUUUCAGUUGAUGCAGCUCAAAGAAGCAGUUUUAUUGUGUUUGACGAUGUUUUAUUUAAAAUUAGAGCAGAGAAAAGACUUUUUAUUCAGACAAACUGUAAAAAAAAAAAUUAAACAAAACCUGUAAACCAGAAAUGGUGUAAAAAAACUGGUGAAAAUCAGGACAAAUGUCUGUAAAAUAAUGAUACUUUUAGCAGAUUUAACCAUAAAAUGGUUGUAACAUUUCACAGUGAUUUAAUUUAGAUAUUAGAUACCUAAAUAAAUACAUAUCUAUUAGAUAUAGAUAUUUAUUUAUUUUUCAAAAAACAGGGCAAAUCAGUUUGAAAAAAGAAAUAAUUUUUAAAUCCUUAGAUUACAUGAUUUUUCUUUCAAAUAGAGUAAAAUAAAAGGAUUUAAAUACAGUUAAAACUGUAAUUUUACAAUCUGUUGUAAAGAAAAAUCCAGAUUUCUUUCUACAAAAACACCGAUUUUUUUGUUUUUAUUAUUAUUUUAUUUAUUUUAAAUAGACUUUAUUUAAAAUUAUGGCAUGUUUUAUUAAAGUCAACAAAUCAAUAUUUUUUUCCAGUGAUUUUAUUUGGAUAUUAAAUAUCUAAAUAAAUAAAUAUCUGUAUUCAAUGUAGAUAUUUAUUUUAAUUUUAAAAAUCAGGACAAUCUGAAAAAUAUUGACCUUUUUUCAAUCCUUCAUUUACAUAAUUCUUCAUCCAAAUAAGUUAAAUAUCUGUAAAAUAGCAUUUAUUUAAAUACAGAAAAUAUAAACAAAUUUAAUGAUCAAAAACGGAAACAAAUACAUUUAUAAAAUGUAAUUUUUUAUUAUUACAUAUUAUGUGUAAUUUAUCACAAGGACAAUUAUUUAACAUGUUUCUGUCCUUAAUUUAUUUAAUUUUUUACUCAAAUAUCAGAAAACAUCUUUAAAGUGACAUUAAAAUGUCUUUUUAUCACUUAAUUAAAUGCAGUAAAAAUAUUUUAAUUUUAAAGUCAAUAUUAUAAAAGAGAGAAUUAAAAUCACAAUUUUGACUUUUUUAUACGGUUUUUUAUAAUGUGUAAAUUUAAACAUUUUUCUGUGAAUUUAUUAAAUAUUAUCUGUAAUAUUUCAGAGUAAAUUUUUAAAAUAACCUAAAAUUGUUUUUAAAAAUGCAGUUCAAACUGUUUUCUUUCAGGGUUUGUUAGAAAGCCAUAAAAUCAGUUUAAAAUGAAGAUUAAUGUAGAAAAGCACGUUUUUUUGUCUCCUGUUCGAUUCAUUCUUUUUAUUCUUAUGUCCAAACCUCAAUCUGCAGAAAAACACAUUAUCUGUUUUUUUGUGUUUUUUAAAAUGUAUUUUGUAGUUUAUUUUUUAAAGAAGUGAUCCGGCAGCUAAUUUACACGUUAUGUCCCUAAAAAUCGUCCCAAAAUAAGAAUUACACGACAGAAUGUGAGAUUUGGAAUGAAACGUCCAGCUGCAGCAGAGUGAAAUAAAAUCUGGUUUAAUUCUGUUUUUCAGGCUGUUUCUGAGUGUUUUAAGGUUCUUUUUUAAUAAGUUCUGCUCACGGCUGUUCAGGCUUUAAUUCAGUUUUAAAUCAGAGUUUAUGCAGAAAGGUUUAGUUUCCUGAAGCUCUGAACUGUUUAAAACGAGACUUUCUGACUAGAAACCCGCUGAUUGUGUGAAAACUCCACAGUAUUAAAGCAGCGUUUGUCUUUUAUUUUCCUUCUUCGGACCUGAAAAAGGGUUUUUAUUCUGUUUGUGUGUUUGAUGCUUUAAAUAUUCUUUCCAUGAAAGAGCUGAAAUGAAGUCAGUUUGUUGUUAAACUGGUGAAACUGAACUCAAUAAAACUCUACUUUGGUACAACAGA